GUCCUGAGUCACUUCACCAACCAAGGGCAUAGCUACCAGAUAUGUAUCAUCUGUCCUGUAGAUUUUUGAUCUUGCUUUCACUGGCAAUUUGCUUCAGCUAUCUUGUAAGGUGGGGUCCUGUUGUGCAACCGCCACGCCAAUAAGCAAGGACAAUACACGAAAUCAACUUUGUUUGCUAAUUCUAAAAAUCUCUGCAACAAUGCCUCAGUCCAGUAUUCUUGCUUGAUACAAUUGUUCUUGGAAUAAUAUAUCAACGAAGAGAAACUCUCAGACAUUUGAUCAGUAAUGGCUUACCCAGUUCAGCUAUUUGCCAACUUAUGCCUCACACUGAUAGCUCUCUUGUUGUUUCCCGUGCUGUCCGAAGGCUCUGACCAGUUCCUCAUGCGAUGUGGCGCCACGAGCAGUGCCAGUGAUUCCGAUGGUCGAACAUGGGAAGGGGAUGCUAACUUUGGGCUAGCACUUCCUGGUCUUUCAGCCAAGGCGUCAUACCUAGACCCCUCACUUCCAUCCCCAGUACCUUACUUGACUGCACGCAUCUUCACUUCAAAUUCCACAUAUACUCUUGGGGUUGACCCUGGCCGCAUGUUCCUUCGGCUCUACUUCUAUCCAACUACUUAUGCCGAACAUUCUGCCGCAGAUGCCUUGUUUAGUGUCACUGCAGGGACCUCUAGCCUUCUAAAUGACUUCAAUCCUUCCCAGACUGCUCAGGCCAUGGGUCAUAGUUACCUCGUCCGUGAAUACUCCUUGAAUGUUACUUCAUCUGAACUUAGUGUCACAUUUUCCCCAUCACCACGCCACACUGGGUCUUACGCGUUUGUGAAUGGCAUUGAGAUUGUGCCAACUCCUGACAUCUUCACGAUACCAGUACCAAGAUUUGUGAAUGGUGGGAACCCAGAUCUAAUCCCUAUUUCCUCUAGCAUAGCCCUUCAAACAAUGUACCGCCUUAAUGUUGGGGGUGCGACCAUCUCUGGGAAAUAUGAUUCUGGCUUUUACCGCUCGUGGGAAGAGGACUCCCGCUAUAUUCAUGGGUCUUCAAAUGGUGUGAAUUUUUACAAAAACAGCAAUGUCACAAUCAGUUACCCGCUUAGCAUGCCGGAUUACAUAGCACCGAUCUAUAUCUAUGAGACAGCAAGAUCUAUGGGGACAGACGCACAUAUCAACAUGAGGUAUAAUCUUACAUGGAUUUUGCCUGUCGACGCAGGGUUCUACUACCUUUUGAGGUUCCAUUUCUGUGAGAUCCAGUAUCCAAUGACCAAGAUAGGCCAGAGGCAAUUCGUCAUAUACAUCAACAACCAGACAGCAGUGGAGCAGAUGGAUGUCAUUGAUUGGAGCGGAGGAAUUGGUAUACCAGUUUACACCAACUACGUCAUUGUCACAGUUGGUCAUGGUCAGACAGAUCUCUGGGUAGCACUCCACCCUGAUCUCAGUGUCGGUCCAGAAUAUUAUGAUGCAAUUCUGAAUGGUCUGGAGGUCUUCAAACUACAGGAUAACAGCAAUAAUAAUCUUGCUGGUGUCAACCCUACGCCCAAGCAAAAUCGUGAUGGGUCAGAAUCUCAUGGUCAAGAUAAAACAAAUGCUAGAAUCCCAGCGAUCAUUGGAGGUGGAGCUGCUUCUGGUGUCUUGGCUUUGUUCAUUUCCAGUUUCUGUAUUUAUGUUAUGUACAGGCGGAAGAAAACUAACUACACUCAUGGCAACACCAACGGGAAUCCUCCCAACGAAGACAGAGAAUUGCUAUUGGCGACCUCGGACUCGCAAGAUUUGAAGCUUUGCCACCACUUCUCGUUCAAGCAAAUCCAGAAAGCCACCAACAACUUCGACGAGACCUUUCUCCUAGGCAAAGGUGGGUUUGGGAAUGUAUACCACAGUCAGAUAGCUGGUAGGCAGAAGGUGGCAAUCAAGCGUGGUAACCCGCAGUCCCAACAGGGCAUUCAGGAAUUUCGGAAUGAAAUCGAGAUGCUGACCAAUCUCCGGCAUCGCCACCUUGUGUCACUGAUUGGCUAUUGCGAUGAAGAGUCCGAGAUGAUCUUGUUAUAUGAUUACAUGGCCAAUGGGACACUUCAGGAUCACCUGUACAACACGAACAAACCACCAUUGCCAUGGGAGCACCGUCUUGUCAUAUGCAUUGGAGCCGCACUGGGGCUGCACUACCUUCACACCGGUGCCAAGCGGACCAUCAUCCACCGUGAUGUGAAGAGUACUAACAUUCUGUUGGAUGACAAGUGGGUGGCAAAGGUUUCCGACUUUGGGUUGUCUAAGGCUAGUGCAGACGUGGACAAUACCCAUGUGAGCACGGUUGUGAAAGGCACCUUCGGAUAUCUAGAUCCUGAGUACUUCCGGCGGCAGCGACUCACCAACAAAUCAGAUGUGUACUCCUUUGGGGUUGUUUUGUUUGAGGUUCUGUGUGCACGUCCAGUAAUAGAUCCUGAGCUUCCCGAGGAGCAAGUGGGCUUGCGUGAAUGGGCGCUGUCUUGCCAGAGGAAAGGCGUGCUCAACGAGAUCAUCGACCCCUAUCUUAUGGACAAAAUCACCCCCCAGUGCUUCAGAAAAUUUGCAGAGACUGCAGAGCAAUGUGUUGCUGAACAUAGCCUGGAUAGGCCAUCUAUGGGUGAUGUUCUGUGGAGCCUCCAGGUCGCACUACAGCUGCAGGAGGACGACCAGAACCUCUCUGAGGAUACACCAUUAUUGAACAUGCCAUUACUCAUGGCCCCCAGGGUGCGACCAUCUUCAGGUUCAACAAUGAGCAUCUCAGGACAGAAAGCUGUAUUCUCAGAGAUCAUGCAUCCAGAUGGCCGAUAAGAUGGAACUCCUGUACGUUCGGGACAUUUAGUUAUGAUCUGCUGAUUUUGUAAAGCUGGUAUAUUAAGAUUUACAGGUGGAUUUGCUCCUUAUGUACUAGCGGCUCUGCUGUUUAGCAGUUUCAUAUAUCUGUCUGCGCAACUGUACAUUCUGAUUAUGUCCCUAAUUGAUAAUACUGUAAGUUGUUGGAUUGAUAUAUGUGCUAUCGAUAUGUACUAUGAUGCAGCUCAAUC